AUGAUCGAAUUGAACAGCUCUGUGGCCUUGUUGGGCCUUGCCCUCACUUCCAUCUACGCAUUCUAUGCCCUUCUGAAACUCUACCACCAUGUGCAAUACUCCCCCCUCAACGCUGCAAAGGAUGCCCACUGGUCGGUGAAAUUUACAGCGGCAUGGGUUUGGUGGAAGACGGUCAACGAAGUGGAUGCCCAAGCCAUCCAUGACGCCCAUGUCCGCUUGGGCCCCGUCGUCCGAGUCGGACCGCAUGAGAUCUCCGUCAACGAUGUUGAUGGCGGGCUGAAGCCCAUCUACGAGGGCCGUCUGCCCAAGACCGACCUUUACCAGCUCGCCGUGGCCUUUGGGGAGCCGCCGAUGUUUGCAAUUCGCAACGAAGACUCGCACAGGCGACAGAAGAGGCUGCUCGCCAAGCCGUAUGGCAAAACGUUCCUGAUGGGCAGCCGCGAAUGGCAGGAGGAGCGGGCCAAGCUCGCCGACGACUUCGUGAGCGGUCUUGAUAAGCUCGUUCAGCCACGCCCAGAUGUGGAGCUCUACGACAUCUUGUUUGCUUGGUCAAUGGCUACCAUGAGCACGUAUGUGUUUGGGCAAGACAGGGCCGUGAACUUGUUGCACAAUCUCCCCGAAGCCCAGCGGAUGCGCAAGGCAUAUUACCGUCAACGAGCAUAUCUAUUCAUCCAAGCCUCGCUUCCCAUCCCGGCCAAAGUUUUCGACUGGUUGGGGUUUCGAUCAGAGCUCGAGUUCAUACGGGCUUUGCAGAAACAAACAGAACAGGCCGAACAAAGCGCCGGGACGGCGCGAUCGACUGAUGGACGGACCAGCGUUUACAGUUUCAUGAGAAGUAGCGUGUUCGCGGCGAGAGAAAAGAAGGACAGUGAGAAGUUGGAGCUCUCCCCCAAGGAGACGGCAAUCAUCACGAGCGAGAUGCAGGAUCACUUCGUCGCAGGCAUCGAUACCUCGGUCAUCGGCCUCAUGACCUGCGCGUGGGAGCUCAGCAGUGAAAGCAAUAAACAUUGGCAGGAUCGGCUACGGGAAGAAGUGCGGUCUGCUCGCAAUGCUUCCUCUCAACGCCAUCCUGAUCUCGAGGGGCAGCCAGUCCUGGACGCCAUUGUUCGAGAGACCCUUCGUCUCCACCCUCCCGGACUUGGUAACCUGCCCCGCUACACAGACAAACCUAUCAUUCUUGGGCCGCCGGGCCAUGAAGUCAUGGUUCCCGCAGGGGUGCAGGUCUCCUGUCAGGCCCUCUCCCUCCACCGUAAACCCAGCGUGUUCAAAGACCCCGAUGACUUCCGGCCAGAACGCUGGCUGGAUGCCACACCCGAGGAGCGAAAAGAAAUGGACCGCUGGUUCUGGGCGUUCGGCUCUGGUUCACGGAAAUGCGUCGGAGAACACCUUGCGCUGGGCAGUCUGCGCGUGGCAAUGGCCGCCAUCUGGGGCAAUUUUGAGACAUCGACGACGGAUGAUCCAGAGUUUGUGUUGAGUAAGGGCCUGAUUGCCACUCCACUUCCCAAUAAGCACAGGGACUACCUCCGACUACAUGUCCGCAGAGUGCAGGAAUGA